UUUUAGCAAAUAUUGAACUUAAAAACGUUUUUUUAUUUAAGAAAUAUAUACAUGUAAUAAUAUAUAUUCAUGAAUAUAGUCCUAUAUUAGUCUUUAUCCUCAAAUAGUUUUUACCCCUACCACAAGUCUCAACGUGACACUUCCUUGUUUUUCGAAAAGUUUUAUUUGGUAGUAGUUGGCUAUCUAUGGCUAGCACAAUUUUACAUGGAUACUGUUGGAAUAUGAGAUGAGGUGCAUUGAUUAACAUUUCUUCAACUUUAAGGUUUAGCUUAGGUUGUCCAUGGCUGUAAAUAUAGGCUAGAUACAUUGAGAAGUGUAAACUAGCAGGGGAAGAUGUUAUCCGCGGCCAACGAAGAUUUCAGGGUGAAGUUUCCACUACAUUCCUUAGUCUGGGAAAAUGAUUACAGGAAAUUGGAAAACGACUCAACAAAGGAGAUUGAAAAUACAAGCGGCAGAACCUACCGGUGCUGCAAAAGUUGGGUAAACAACACUUUCCUGUGUAUACCCGAUCUCCACCUCCUAACUUCAAAAGGACCAACAGCAUGUACAACCGGUAAAAACGACGUAGAGGCUGUGGAUCCCAGGGGAAGGACACCGCUCCACCUGGCUGUGUCGCUGGGCCACCUGGAGUCGGUGAGAGUGCUUCUGAGAAAUGGUGCUGAAGUUACCAAAGAGAAUGCCAAGAAUUGGACAGUGCUGCAGGAGGCAGUCAGCACCGGCGACCCAGAGAUGGUUCAGCUAGUGCUCCAGCGGCGAGACUACCUCAAAGCCUCUACAGCUCUGGGAGGAGUGCCUGAGCUUCUGAGCAAGAUCCGUGAGUCCCAAGAUUUCUACAUGGAAAUGAAAUGGGAGUUCACAAGUUGGAUCCCUCUCGUUUCCCGGGUUUGUCCCAGUGACGUGUGUCGGAUCUGGAAGAGUGGGGCCAGCCUGCGCGUGGACGCCACUCUGCUAGGCUUCGAGAACAUGACCUGGAUCAGAGGUCGUCGGAGCUACAUUUUCAGGGGAGAUGAUGUCUGCACCGAGUUGAUGGAGGUGAACCAUGACGAACAGGUGGUGGACACGGAACGCUUUGACAUCUCCAGGGAGAUAGAAGACGUAACGCUGGACUCCAUGCAACCUGCAGAACAGGAAGUGGCCAAGCGGCUGACCACGCCCAUUGUCAAUACCUUUCUGGACACCAGGGACAUUGCUUUUGAGAGAAAUAAAUCUGGGAUUUGGGGUUGGAGGAGUGACAAAACGGAAGUUGUUAAUGGUUUCGAGGCGAAGGUUUUCACUGUGAACAAUGUAAACGUGGUGAUCCGGACGAGGACAGAGCAUCUCACCGAUGAGGAGAAGGCUAGAAUAAAAAGUGAGAGGAAUGUUCUGGAGUCUCUUCUGGGCACAGUGGAGCAGCAGAUAAGUGCUCAAGGGGACCUCACUCUGGAGUACGCAACAGCCAACAACCCCACCGCCAUCACACCAGAGGAGUACUUUGACCCUGCGUUUGACCUUGAAGACCGAGACAUUGGCCGGCCCAUUGAACUUACCAUCCGAACCCAGAAGUUCAAGGGUACAUUGUGGAUGAGCGAGGAACACCCCCUCUCCCUGGUGGAGCAGGUCACCCCCAUCAUCGAUCUCAUGGCCCGGACCAGCACCCACUUCGCCCGGCUGCGGGAUUUUGUCACCCUCAAGUUCCCUCCAGGGUUCCCUGUAAAAAUAGAGAUUCCCCUAUUCCAUGUGCUCAACGCCCGCAUUUCAUUUGGCAGUGUCAACAAAUGCACUACGGGCGAACCGUUGGAGACACCCCCCUCCGCUGCCACACCCGAGGAGGAGGAGGAGGAGGUGGUGGAGGAGGAGGAGGUGAGGGAGGAGGGAGGCUGCGGCGAAGCUGCAGUUCCCCCUCUAUUCCAGGUGUGCCCGUCGGUGUUUGAGGUGCCCUCACACUACCGCCACCGAGGAGGGGGUGGCAGCCGCCAUACGCCGGUGUCAAAUCAUGAUGAGGAGCUACUGCAGUAUGCCAUCCACCAGAGUCUGCUGGAGUCCGGUGGGGGAGCCCCGGGACAGGAAGUGACCUGGGAGGAUGCCAAUGGUGACCUCACAGACCCCAUACUCAGUAGCCAGAGUGACGGAAGCAUCCCAGGGGGGGUGCUAGUGGACUUGGGAGACACCACGUCGAGUCAGGCGAGCUCGGGCACCUCUGCCUCCAGCACUGACACUGACCUCCGCAUGGCCAUGGAGCUGUCGGCCCGGGCCCAGGCCGAGGAGGAGAGGAGGAGGAAGGAGGAAGAGGAGGAGCUGGAGAGGAUAUUGCAGCUCUCGCUCACAGAGAAGUAAAAAAAAAAGGAAAAUAGGAGGGAAAGAAUAAUAAUUAAGGCCACGCCUUGCCAUAACUGCAUUAACUUUUCGUUGAUCAAGAAGCGGCCACCACCACACCCCCAAUCCAGCCCCACCCCACCCUCCUUCAC